AAAAAGCCAUCGAUUCGAGUCCCCACUCAGUUACUUGGGAGUCAGCUGCGAGCCUACCAACUCAAAAGCCCCCUCUGACCGCUCCCCGCUGCAGAGAGCGUUUCAUUUUGCACGGGAAACCGCGGAAAGCGACAGCACAUAGACGCCUGCGGAAAGCAAGUGCAGCGAUUACAUCUCUGCAAAGGCAAAAGAGAAGCGAAUGCGUCUGGGAUGGGAGGGAUCGCAAGUCCGCUGGCUCGGAGAGUCCUCAGCGCGGCAUAGUUGCUGAAGAGGGUAUCGCUGUGUGGAAGUGUUGAUGGGAAUCCGCUGCUGUUUCUUCUUCUCCUGACAAGGAAAUUAAACAUUGCUUCUAUUCCGAGGAUUUGCCUUCGACUAAGUCAGCCGUGAAGCACCAAGGCCAAGUGGAUUGCUUUAAAGGCAUUUUUCCUUUUUAACACGCUUUUUGGUUGUCAUUUUGGAGUAAGGGAGUUGGGAUUCCUGUGAACGUGCCCAUCCGCAGUGUCAAUGCGACUGCGGCUGUGAACAGAAAACCGCAGCGAUAACAGGCACAGAAUGUUCUCAACCUCCAGAGUGGCCUGAAACGAGGAACGUGCGCUGAGAGCACUGGACCGAGAUCGACUCUUCCCCCUCCCCCUCCUACGCCACCACAGACUCUUGGACCAUGGCAUCCACCGCAAGGAAAUGGACCUUUUUGAUCUCUUGCUACUUCCUGUCCAUGCUGGCGCUCCCUCUGUCCGCUUCCCAUCACCAGACCCCCACCAUCACCGCUGGUGACGACGACUACCACACGUUUCACUCCGAGAACUCGGAGAUGACCUUUAACCACCUCGUCGUGGACAAACGGAACGGCAACGUGUACUUGGGCGCGGUCAACCGCAUCUACAAACUCUCGGCCCGCCUGGAGGUGCAGGUGUCCCACCAGACGGGGCCCGACGAGGACAACCGCGACUGCUACCCGCCGCGCAUCGUCCAGUCCUGCAGCGAGCCGCUCACGCUGACCAACAACAUCAAUAAGAUGCUGCUGAUGGACUACCGCGAGAACCGGCUGCUGGCCUGUGGUAGCCUCUACCAGGGCAUCUGCAAGCUGCUGCGGCUGGACGAUCUCUUCAAACUGGGCGAGCCCUUCCACAAGAAGGAGCACUACCUGUCCGGCGUCAACGAGAGCGGCUCGGUCUACGGCGUCAUCGUGUCGUAUUCGGGCGCCGCCACCGACAAGCUCUUUGUGGCCACCGCGGUGGACGGCAAGCCCGAGUACUUCCCCACCAUCUCCAGCCGCAAGCUGGAGCGCAACUCCGAGGAGGACGGCAUGUUCGCGUACGUCUUCCACGACGAGUUUGUGGCGUCCAUGAUCAAGAUCCCCUCGGACACCUUCACCGUGGUGCCCGACUUCGACAUCUACUACAUCUACGGCUUCAGCAGUGGCAACUUCGUCUACUUCCUCACGCUACAGCCGGAGAUGGGCGGCAGCUCAACCGCUGGUUCUUCGGCCGCUGGCCGCGAGCAGGUCUACACGUCCAAGCUGGUGCGCCUCUGCAAGGACGACCGGGCCUUCAACUCCUACGUGGAGGUGCCGCUGGGCUGCGUCAAGGGCGGGAUCGAGUACCGGCUCCUGCAGGCGGCCUACCUGUCCAAGGCCGGCUCCAUCCUGGCGCGCUCGCUGGGCGUGGGGCCCAACGACGACGUGCUGUACGCAGUCUUCUCCAAGGGCCAGAAGCGCCGGCCCAAGGAGACGUCCCACGAUUCGGCGCUGUGCGUCUUCGCCCUGCGGGAGAUCAACGAGCGCAUCAAGGACCGCCUGCAGUCCUGCUACAAAGGGGAAGGGACACUGGACCUGGCCUGGCUUAAGGUCAAGGACAUCCCUUGCAGCAGUGCGCUCCUCACCAUCGAUGACAACUUCUGCGGUCUGGAUAUGAACGCUCCGCUGGGCGUAUCGGAGAUGGUGCGCGGAGUUCCGCUCUUCUCCGAGGCCACCGACAGGAUGACGUCCGUCAUCGCCUACGUCUACAAGAACCACUCGCUGGCCUUCGUCGGCACGGAAGGAGGCCGCCUCAAAAAGAUCCGGGUGGAGGGGCCGUCUCACGGUGCACUGCAGUACGAGACGCUGCAAGUGGUGGAGAAGGGCCCCAUCCUACGAGACAUGGCGUUCUCUGCUGACCAGCACUACCUCUACGUCAUGUCCGAGACUCAGCUGACGCGGGUGCCAGUGGAGGCGUGUGAGCAGUACUCCAGCUGCAGUGAGUGCCUGGGCUCCGGAGACCCCCAUUGUGGUUGGUGUGUCCUUCACAACACGUGCACCAGGAAGGAGAAAUGCGAGCGCUCAGAAGAACCCCGCCGCUUCGCCUCGGACAUCAAGCAGUGUGUGCGACUUAGUGUCCACCCCAACAACAUCUCGGUCUCCCAGUACAACGUCAUGUUGGUCCUGGAGGCCCAUAACGUGCCCGAGCUGUCUGCUGGGGUGAACUGCACCUUCGAGGACCUGGCGGAGAUGGACGGCCUGGUGGAGGGCAACCGCAUACGCUGCAGCUCGCCCACCGAGAAGGACGUCCCUCGCAUCGUCAUCGACCAAGGAGACCAUCAAAUUGUGCAGCUCUACCUCAAGUCAAAGGAGACAGGUUUGGCCUUUGCCAACACCAGCUUCGUCUUCUACAACUGCAGCGUCCACAAGUCGUGCCUGUCCUGUGUUGGGAGUCCGUACCAGUGCCACUGGUGCAAGUACCGGCACGUCUGCACGCACGACCCGCGCACCUGCUCCUUCCAGGAGGGCCACGUCAAGGAGCCCGAGGAGUGUCCCCAGCUGCUCCCGGCGGACCGUAUCCUGGUGCCGGUGGGUGUGGUGAAGCCCAUCACCCUACGGGCCAGGAACCUGCCCCAGCCGCAGUCGGGCCAGCGGGGCUACGAGUGUGUGCUGACCAUCCAGGGCGUGGAGCAGAGGGUCCCCGCGCUGCGCUUCAACAGCUCCAGCGUGCAGUGUCAGAACACCUCCUAUUCGUAUGAUGGGAUGGACAUGAGCAGUCUCCCGGUGGACCUGACGGUCAUCUGGAACGGUGACUUCAGCAUCGAUAACCCCGCCGAAAACAAAGUCCACCUGUACAAGUGUGACGCGCGGCGUGAGAGCUGUGGCCUGUGCCUGAAGGCUGACCCGCUGUUCGGCUGCGUGUGGUGUCGGCAGAUGGCGGUGGGGGCCGGCGGACAGGGCCGCUGCACCCUCAAGCAGCACUGCCCCUACCCCGAGAGCCAGUGGCUGGAGCACAACGGACUCAACAGCAAGUGCACCCACCCCAAGAUCACCAAGUUCACGCCUGUGAGAGGACCUCGCGAGGGGGGAACCCUGGUCACCAUCCGUGGCGAGAACCUGGGCCUUGAGUUUGAGGAGAUCCAGGGGAACGUGAAGGUGGCAGACGUGGAGUGUCGCCCCGUGCGAGAGGGCUACAUCCCCGCGGAGCAGAUUGUCUGUGAGAUGGGCAAGGCCGAGAGGAGCCAGUUCGCCGGAGGUGUGCAGGUGUGCGUGGGCGAGUGCCGACCAGAGUUCAUGACCAAAACCAGCAAGUUCUACUACUUUGUGGUGCCCAGACUGCUUCACAUCACACCCAGCCGAGGGCCCGUUUCUGGGGGAACCAUCGUAAACAUCACAGGGAGCAACAUGGAUGCCGGUAGCAACGUGUCUAUCACGUUCAAGGACCAGAAGUGCACCUACCAUAGGAGGGCCGGGGUGUGGAUCACCUGCAAGUCGCACGCCUCGCCCCACGGCGUGGGGAGCGUGACGGUGUCCGUGGGCAUCGACAAGGCCCACCUCCAGAUGGACCUGCGCGUGGACCACCUCCAGAAGGAGCUGCGCUUCGAGUACGUGGAGGACCCCACCAUCACCAAGCUGGAGCCUGAGUGGAGCAUCUUCAGUGGGAACACACCGGUAACAGUGACAGGAACCAACCUGGACAUCAUUCAGAGUCCUCUCAUCAGAGCCAAGUACAAGAACCUAGAGACGGUUAAUACGUGCCAGGUGCUGAGCCCCACCACAAUGCUGUGCCAGGCCCCUGAGCUGCCCGUCAGCCUGAGCCGCCAACAGGAGGAGCGGCCCGACGAGUUCGGCUUCAUCCUGGACGACGUGCAGGCCGUGCGGGCGCUCAACAACACCAACUUUCUGUACUACCCCAACCCCGUGUUCGAGCCGCUCAGUCCGUCUGGCGUGCAGGAGCUCAAGCCCGGCUCGCCCAUCAUUCUGAAGGGAAGGAACUUUCUGCCGCCCACCCCUGGCAACGGCAAGCUGAACUACACCGUGCUGAUUGGAGAGACGCCGUGCUCUCUCACCGUGUCCGACACACAGCUGCUCUGCGAGUCCCCCAACCUGACGGGACGCCACAAAGUCCUGGCUCGAGUGGGCGGUAUCGAUUUCUCUCCUGGCGUUGUCCACAUCACUUCGGACAGUCCGCUGAGCAGUACGGCCAUCAUCAGCAUCGCUGGGGCCGGAGGCCUCCUCAUCCUCUUCAUCGUCAUGGUGCUGAUUGCGUACAAGCGCAAGUCUCGCGAGAGUGACCUCACCCUCAAGCGCCUGCAGAUGCAGAUGGACAACCUGGAGUCUCGCGUGGCCCUCGAGUGUAAAGAAGCCUUUGCCGAGCUGCAGACCGACAUUCACGAGCUCACCAGUGACCUUGACGGUGUUGGAAUUCCGUUCCUGGAUUACCGAACCUACACCAUGAGAGUCCUCUUCCCCGGCAUUGAGGAGCACCCAGUCCUACGAGACCUCGAGGUUCCCGGCUACCGGCAGGAGCAGGUGGAGAAGGGCCUGAAGGUGUUCGGGCAGCUGAUCAACAACAAGGUGUUCCUGCUGAGCUUCAUCCGCACGCUGGAGUCACAGCGCGGCUUCUCCAUGCGCGACCGCGGCAACGUGGCCUCGCUCAUCAUGACCGUGCUGCAGAGCAAGCUGGAGUACGCCACUGACGUGCUCAAGCACCUGCUCUCCGACCUCAUCGACAAGAACCUGGAGAGCAAGAACCACCCCAAGCUACUACUGCGCAGGACUGAGUCUGUGGCGGAGAAGAUGCUGACCAAUUGGUUCACGUUCCUGCUGUACAAGUUCUUGAAGGAGUGUGCCGGCGAGCCCCUCUUCUCCCUGUUCUGUGCCAUCAAGCAGCAGAUGGAGAAAGGCCCUAUCGACUCCAUCACGGGAGAGGCCCGCUACUCCCUCAGUGAGGACAAGCUCAUCCGACAGCAGAUCGACUACAAGACUCUGGUGGUGAACUGCAUCCAUCCUGACAACGAGAAGAGCCCGGAGAUCCAGGUCAAGGUGCUCAACUGUGACACCAUCAGCCAGGUGAAGGAGAAGAUUCUGGACGCCAUCUACAAGAACGUGCCCUACUCCCACCGCCAGAAGGCCUCCGACAUGGACCUGGAGUGGCGCCAGGGUAGAGGGGUGCGCGUCAUCCUGAUGGACGAGGACGUCACUACCAAGAUCGAGAGCGACUGGAAGCGACUCAACAUGCUGGCACACUACCAGGUCCCUGAUAACGCAGUGGUAGCCCUGGUGCCCAAGCAGGUCACUGCAUACAAUUCAGUGAACAACUCUACCGUCUCCAGAACCUCUGCCAGCAAAUAUGAGAACAUGAUCAAGUACACUACAGGCAGCCCCGACAGCCUGCGCUCCCGCACACCCAUGAUCACGCCCGACCUGGAGAGUGGCGUCAAGGUGUGGCACCUGGUCAAGAACCACGAGCACGGCGACCAAAAGGAGGGCGACCGUGGCAGCAAGAUGGUGUCCGAGAUCUACUUGACCCGGCUACUGGCCACCAAGGGCACCUUGCAGAAGUUUGUGGACGACCUGUUUGAGACCAUCUUCAGCACGGCACACAGAGGCAGCGCCCUGCCCCUGGCCAUCAAGUACAUGUUCGACUUCCUGGACGAGCAGGCGGACAAGCACAGCAUCCACGACCCUCACGUCAGACACACAUGGAAAAGCAACUGCCUACCUCUGCGUUUCUGGGUGAACGUCAUUAAGAACCCCCAGUUUGUCUUCGACAUCCACAAGAGCAGCAUCACGGACGCCUGCCUGUCGGUGGUGGCCCAGACCUUCAUGGACUCCUGCUCCACCUCGGAGCACCGCCUGGGCAAAGACUCCCCCUCCAACAAGCUGCUCUACGCCAAGGACAUCCCCAGCUACAAGAGCUGGGUGGAGAGGUACUAUUCUGACAUCAAUAAGAUGCAAGCGAUCAGUGACCAGGAUAUGAAUGCCUACCUGGCUGAGCAGUCCCGUAUGCACAUGAACGAGUUCAACUCCAUGAGCGCCCUCAGCGAGAUCUACUCCUAUGUGGGCAAAUACGCUGAGGAGAUUGUGUGUGCGCUACAACAGGACGACUCUGCCAGGAAGCAGAAGCUGGCCCAGAAGCUGGAAGGGGUGGUCACCCUCAUGAGCCAUGAGAGCUGAGGACCGCAUUUCCCAGAGCACACUGGGAGAUCCGUCAGAGAAACCGCGCCGUGCCUGAGCGAAGAACCUGUCCAUCUAUCUCAUCUUUCCGUUUAUCCCCUGAAAAAGAGACUACAAGCAGUUCCUUUUUAUCUUCCCACUCAGACGAACAAACAAACAAACAAACAAACAAACUUUUGCAUCACUUUAGCUCUGCUUCCUAGAUAAGUAGAGGCGAAGGGGCUAGAGGGCUGCGGCACCAAGGACCACAUUUCCCAAGAUGCAAUUGUGGGGAAGGUUGUGUUUCUGUGCCGCAAUAUAGAAGAAGUUGUGGGCCAUUGAGGGAGCAAGGUUGUCCGUGGACCUAUCUCUUUUUGACCCUCAACUGGUGGAGAGUGCGAGAAAGCAGUCAUGUUUAUGUUGCCUUCAAAAAUAACACUGAUAGCGAAGUCUUUGAAACCGCCAUGUCGGCUGUUCAAUUUGUUCUGACUUUUAUGAUUAGGGUAGUGAUCGUAGCUACUUAUAGAGUCCAGUUAUUUGUAGAACCUUAAAAAUUCAUCAGAAAUGCAAGACAAGGGAAUUGUUCAUGCAUACAAGGACUGCAGAACCUAUGACCAUCUACAAGGACAUUUAUCGCAAACAACAAACAACAUUGAAUGGAGUUUACAAAGGUACCUUCUACAAGUCACCUGAAUUCUACAUAUCUGCGUGGGUGGAGAUCUGUGAAGUGUCUCCAAUGAAAAUCACACAUUUACAUGUGAUUGAGAUUGACAUGUGUUCAAAAGACUCAAUAGUAGGGUUUCUAAGGAGUUGGGUAGUGCUUCUAGACUUUGUUUUGAACUCCUUGGACUCUUGACUGUGUAAAACUUAAAAAGAGAGUCCUUGUGUGGCAUCAGCAAAAUGUGUCCCCCUCAACCCCCGCACCCCCACAAAAAAAUUAAUCCCUUGUAAAUUAGCUCCUCCAUAUACACUCCAUGCACCCACCUGAUUGGCUUGUGUGCAAUGUGAAAUUCAAAGAAUGCUCCCGCUAAUCAACAAUGCAUGGAGGACAUGCCAAGGUUUUUCGAUCCCACCAGAGGAAGCACACAUCCAACCCAACCUCAGUGACCUGACUUCACUCCACAGCAGAAGGGCAAACUCCUCUCUACCUUCUCUUGCCUUUCUCUUGUCCUUCUUUCUCUCGGCUCUCCACUGCCCUCCUCUCCCCUCCUCUCCUCGGCCCAAACUCUUCCUUCCUUCCCACCUGAUCUCCCCUUGUACCCUUUUGCUAAUGGAUGAAGACUCACUGGUCUAAAAACUAAAGCACAGAUCCAACAGCCAGUUUAUCUUUAAUUGGCCUGGGAAACUUCAUGAGGGAACGACCUAGAGGACAAAAAUGUGUAUAAUGAACUGAGAACAGGGACACCAUCAGUGAGUCCCACCUUCAAUUGAAAAAGGACAAGGGUGUGGCAUGCAGAUGAUGGCGCAGUUGAAUUUGACCCCUUGACCCCAUGCUGAUUGUACGAGACUGCCUCUUCACACUGCCACAGCGGAGGACUGUGAUUGUCACUGGAUAGAUCUAUGUGUGACUUUUUGGAAAUUAACAACUCGGUCAGCAGAAAAAACCAAAGGAGCCCGAAUUAUAUUAAAAAAAAACAAAGACAUUUGCUUAAAAGAAACUAAAAAAAGUGCCACGAAGGAGGAAAGGAAAGAACAGGGGAUGAUUAUGACAAAAAACUAUCCACACCUUUCUCCCAAUAGUGCUCCCCUAACCGCUCCGCUCCCUAUUAUGAGUCCAGUCUGAAGCUACAGAGGGGGGAACCAUGAAAAACAGACAAACAAAACAUACUGUCAAGUUUCGUGACCUCAGUGCGUGCGAUUCGAAAGGGCUGCGGUGGAAUACUGGCAUGUGCCGUGUUCCGUUUCCCCGCUGCUCCUGGCUCGGCACACCGCUCGCUCCUUAUCUCUAUCUCUCUCCGACUCAGUCUCUUUUUGCACAAUGGUGGAGACUUCCGACUGGGGCUGGGGUUCUCCCACACUCCCGCCCCGGAAGCUCAGUCUGUUCCCCUUCCGGGACGACCACCUCCACCUGCCUCAAGAGCUGAACUUCAACACAAGCACAUUGACAAAACCCGUAACGUGACAAACAAAAACUGGACUACACAACACAAUGACACAAAAGACGACAGCAUAAUCAAACGUGCCCAGUGCCGACGGACGGCAGAGAGAGACGAUUAGAGCCGCCCUCCUUUCCGUUGACCUUUCACCUUUCUUUUGCCUUGACAACGUGCCCCAUGUGGUGAUGUGAAUGUGUGAAGACCGGCCUAGGUCCACCUUGGGUCUUUAUUGGCUUUUUAAGCGCAUGUACUUCAAUUUAAAAAUGAACAAAAAAAAAAUCUACAAAAAAGAACAAAAAAAUGGAAUCUAGAGAAAAUAAGCCUUGCCAUGAUGAUGUGGAUGUGUUCUUUUCUUUCUUUUGCUCAGAAACAGACGGAAAUGGAAAAAAGAGGAUAGUCACGUGGAAACUUUCGUUAAGGUGGAAACUUAACUUUCGUUAAGGUGGAAACUUAACUUUCGUUAAGGUGGAAACUUUAUCCCAGUACACCCAUUCAGCCAUCAAAUACUAUGUUUGGUGGAAGUAUUAAAAAUCAAAUAUUUUUGUUUUCGUAUUACAGAUGGUACCUUUAAACAGAUAUAGUAUAUACCCUUGCAUGUUGACUUAUUUGGAUGUAAUGAAAUGGAACUGCCUUGCAAUCAAACCUAUUUAUCGAACAAUACUAGAAAAGUUUUUGAGAUGACACACACCAAACUCUCCUCUCCUAUUUUUUUGGAUCGUCUCUCUGAUACUAUUCCAUUACCAAUGGUUCAUGAAAGCAGAUAUUUUCUCACAGGUAGGAUGUCUUUCAAUGAAUUGACAGCUACCAUCAACUUAAUAGAUGAAUGCUGACUGAUUUCCUCAAGGUAUGCUCUAAAACUUGCUUAGGGGCUAUAAUGAAGCAGUCUGAAAACUGCUCUAACAAUUUAGUUCUGUUCUUCCUCCCUGUAUAGUUUACAUAUUACAGAGUUUUCCCUGUAAACUAUGAGGAUAUAAAUGAAAGAUAUAUGUAUUUUAUGGACUUAAAUUAGAAGAAGUGUUUUUUAUAAUUUAUUGUAUGUUUUUUUGUUCCUUUAGAGUUGCUUUGUUACAUCAUGUUGUGUGAGUGGAUCUCAGAUGUAGCAACUUACCACUGCUGGGUUUGCCUUCCAUGCACUGAUUUCUUUUUCCACAAAGUAGAAUUUUAGUUUUAUUUAGACAUCAGAAUUUGGUUUCUGCUCUCAUUUGUAAUUUGUGUAUUUGUUAUGUUGAAA